AUGGCAACGUCCCAACUGACAUACGCCGCCGAGAAGGCCGUCGGUCACGGCGACGAGUUCAUCAAACAGGACGUGUCAAACUACGAGGAAUUCGGCGACCCGAGCGACACGAUGAAGGCCCUAGUGUGGCAGGGGAAGAAGUCCGUUGCCAUUGUCGAUACGCCCAAGCCGACGAUCAUCGAGGAUGGAGAUGUCAUCCUGAAGGUGACGGGGAGCACCAUCUGCGGCAGCGACCUACACCUGUACCACGGCGUCGUCGUGGAGUUGAACAAGGGCGACAUCCUCGGGCACGAGUUCUGCGGCGUCGUGGCUGCCGUUGGUCCCGCGGUAAAAAAGGUGCAGGUCGGCAAGCGAUAUGUCGCGUCCUUCCAGAUCGCCUGUGGAGACUGCUUCUUCUGCAACCAGAAGCUAUCCUCGCAGUGUGAGAGGACCAACUCGAGCUCCCUAGAGAAGGCCAUGUACGGCACGAGGACGGCGGGCUUCUUCGGCUACUCCCACUUCACGGGGGGCUUCGCCGGCGGGCAGGCCGAAUACGUGAGGGUGCCUCUUGGCGACGUCAACCUGCUCGAGCUCCCGGAUGACGUCCCUGACGAGAAGGGCCUCUACCUCUCCGACGUCCUCGCGACCUCCUACAACGCCGUCAAGGACACAGCCGUCUACCCGGACGACCAGGUCGCCAUCUUCGGCGCGGGCCCCAUCGGGCACAUGGCCGGCGUCUUCGCGCUGGGCGAGGGCGCCAGCAAGGUUAUCUUCGUCGACACGGAGCCGCGGCUGUCGUUCGUCAAGUCGCGCUGGCCGGCCGAGCACGCCGGCAAGCUCGAGCUCGUCGACUUCCGCAAGCUCAGCUCGGGCAUCACGAGCAAGGAGACGGUCGUCAGCCGGCUCAAGGACCUGUGCGCGGGGCGCGGGCCGGACGUCGCCAUCGAGUGCGCCGCGGGGGAGUAUGCAAAGGGGUGGAUGCACUGGCUUGAGAUGAGCAUAGGCGUCGAGACGGACACGAGCGAGAUCAUUAAUGAGAUGGUCGAGGGGGUGAGGAACUACGGGAGGGCCGGGAUCACGGGCGUCUAUCUCGGAUAUACCAACCAUUUCAACAUCGGCUCCCUCAUGCAGCGCGGCGUGCGGCUCAUCGGCAACGGGCAGGCGCCCGUGCACAAGUACUGGGACGAGCUGCUGAAGAUGAUCCAGGACGGCAAGCUGGACCCGACGCAGAUGCUCUCGCACCGCGUCCGGCUCGAGGACCUCGACACGGUCUACCAGAAGUUCGACGUCAAGGAUGACUCGAUGCAGAAGAUCUUCGUGCAGACCAAGUUCUCGGCGCCGAGGGCGCAGGGUACGCCGGAGCUGACGGAGUACUGAUGUCUCUCUCCCCGUCCUCGCCGAGUGGGGAGAUAUCACUCGCUGCCGGGUGCGUCGACAAAAGGAAAUGCUCCACCGGGAGCAAACGAGGAAUGAAAAUAUCAGGUUCAGGGCGUGUGAGUAACAGGCGCUAGUUGCGAUCGGAGCUGGUGCAAGGCGCUGAGUUUCCAUUUCCUCUACCACUUGAUGUAAACCAUUUGAGAAAUACGCAACAGAGAGGGGGUGGGUAGGAAAUCAGUUACCAGAACUUGCCAAGACUCAGCGUCACAG